AUUAGUAGGCCUAUUGUUUUAUUAAGGUUCGUGCUACUGAAUUCUGAGAACUGAGUGCAAGUGCUCAAUGUUAACAUUUUUCAAAUUUUAUGCGGCCUUGAUUAUGUUUGAUUUAGAAGUCACCGAUUUAUAGAACAAGGAUUCUCUAAAGGCUGCAUCACUUUACAGUCGGUAAUUCUCCCCCAACUUGGUGCCUAAAAAACGUCUGUGAUAAAUAAGUAUUAUUGCUACUGUGCCCUAUGUGCUUUAAUAAUUGUGAAAUAGAUAUAACAUGGAAGCACUGAGGAGAAAAGCUCCCGAUAACCCGCGUGAACACGCUUCCUGCUUAUCAUCUGUAUUUUUCUUAUGGACCUACAAAGUACUAAGAGAUGGCUACAGCAGAAUUUUUGAAAUCAGUGAUAUUUCUAAGCCUCUCAAAGAGGAUCACUCUGAUGUAUUAGGAGAUAGACUAGAAACGCAAUGGUUGAAAAAUUGUGAAAAAGCAAACAAAAAAGGAAAGACUCCAUCUUUGAUGCUUACAAUCGCCCAAGCAUUUAAAAAAGAGUUUUUUUACCUUGGAGUUCUCAUUGUUAUCCAGGACAUAUUCCUAACACUAUUGCGUCCGUAUUUCCUUGGACGUUUGCUCGCCUACUUUCGCCUCGGGUCGACAGUUGCUCGCGAGGAAGCCAUUUUGUCGGCCAUUGGCAUCUCAAUGACGUCACUCGUCUACUCUGUCUUCAUCCAGCACUACAUGGCUCUGUCGUUCCGUAUCGGCCUCAAGAUACGCGCGUCUUGUGUCUCCCUCGUCUACAGAAAGUGUUUGCGACUGAACCGCACCGCUCUGGGAGACACAUCACCUGGCAAGAUAGUGAACCUGAUCUCGAACGAUGUAUCGCGGUUCGACCUGGUGGUGGUGACGUGUCACUACAUGUGGAUCGCACCGCUCCUGGCGGUCAUCAUCGGAACUAUUCUCUACAUGGAACUCGGCGUGUCCGGCCUCUACGGCAUUGCCGCCAUCUUCAUCAUAGUGCCGCUCUUGUCAUUUGUCGGUACCUUGUCGUCCCGCUACCGUCUGCGAAUCGCGUUGAAAACGGACGAACGAGUGCGUUUGACAGACGAAGUGAUCAGCGGCAUUCAGGUGAUCAAGAUGUACGCCUGGGAGAAACCUUUUUCGAGGCUGGUGAUGGCGGCGAGAAAAGCUGAGCUCAGCAUAAUCAAGCGCACAACGUUUCUGCGCGGAGUGUACAUGACGUUCAACAUGACAACGACUCGAUUCGCACUCUUCAUCACUCUGCUUGCCUGGACUUUGUCCGGCGGUGAACUGUCUUCCGAUAGGGUGUUUGUGGUUGCAGCCUAUUUUGGAACUCUGACUCAGACUUUCUCGGGAAUGUUCGUGCGAGGAUUUGCCGAAAUAUCUGAGAGCCGAGUCUCUGUUAGACGAUUGCAGAACUUUAUGCUGCGUAGCGAAUUCAGAUCGCAAGUGAAAGGACCAGUGGUGAUCGAAGAGAAAGGCGAAAAAUCGCCAGAAAAGAAGGAGAAAAUCGAGGAUCAGGCAGAGAAAAUCGGCGAUGAUUUGGAGUUGAACGAUCAUCGUGUUGAUGAAAAUGCGAACUCUACGCUUGUGUCGAUUGAUAAUGUGUCGGCAGCGUGGAAACCUGAUUCAAGUGAUCAGCCGACUCUGGAUUCGUUGAGUUUCAAUGUUGAGGCAGGUCAGCUGGUUGCUGUUAUUGGAUCUGUUGGUGCCGGAAAGAGUUCGUUCCUGCAGCUACUAUUGGGCGAAAUGCCCAUCACGAAGGGUGACAUCGAGGUUAAAGGGCGGGUGUCCUAUGCCACUCAAGAGGUGUGGGUCUUUUCCGGUUCCAUCCGACAGAAUAUCACGUUUGGACUGCCCUUCGACAAGAAACGCUACAAACAGGUGACCCGUGUGUGUGCUUUGGAAAGAGAUUUUGAACUGUUUCAAUACGGAGACAUGACACUGGUUGGGGAGAGAGGAGCAUCAUUAUCCGGAGGACAGAAGGCUAGAAUUAAUUUGGCCAGAGCUGUAUACAGAGAUGCUGAUAUUUAUUUGUUUGAUGAUCCCUUAUCUGCCGUUGAUACUCAUGUUGGAAAACAUCUUUUUGAUGACUGUAUUAAAGGUUUCUUAAAAAAGAAAACAGUAAUAUUAGUCACUCAUCAACUUCAAUAUCUUUCUGGUGUCGACCACGUCGUUCUAUUGAACAAUGGUUGCAUUGAAAAUCAAGGCUCCUAUGGUAAUUUGAAAAAUUCUGGAGUAGACUUUGUGAGAAUGAUUUCAAGAGAUGACAAAGUGAAUAGUGACAGCGCAACUGAGAAUGAAAUAGAAAACAGUCCGAAAUUGAAGAGAAUGAUAUCAAGAAGCUCUGUAAGAAGUACUCAAUCCAGUUCUCAUGAAGAUGGGUCAGUGGUGGGGGAAGCUGAGGCGGUCGACCAGCCUCAGGAGAAAGAUGCCGAAGUGGCGAAACGACCGAUGCGAUCUGUCUACCUGGACUAUUUCCGUUCGGGCGCCAACUGCGGAGUUCUGUUCAUGAUGACGCUGAUGUUCGUUGCCACUCAGACUUGUGCCAGCGGCGCCGAUUACUUUGUCUCUUAUUGGACAGGUAUAGAGGAGCGUCGUUCCUACGACCGGAAGAUGAACAUCACCAGCGAUGACCUGUGGCCCAGUGAUGUGCUGGCCAGUGCGCACGGCACUCUAGUAUCUAGUGUCAUUGUGUUCGGUCUGAUCAGGGCGGCCAUCUUCUGCUACACUUGCAUCAGGUGCUCGAGUGGCCUCCACAAUCGCAUGUUCACUGGCAUCAUUGGCACUAGUAUUGCCUUCUUCAACAAUAAUCCUUCUGGUCGUAUACUGAAUCGUUUUUCUAAAGAUCUCGGUAUGAUUGACGAAUGGCUGCCCAAGUGUAUGCUUGACGUUGUUCAGAUACUUGUUGGCAUAGUCGGUUCUCUAGUGCUGGCCAUAAUUAUAAAUCCACUCUUCAUAAUUCCGACAAUAAUUUUGGGCGCAAUAUGCAUUUAUGUGAGGAGAUUCUUCAUCAAAACAUCCAAGAACCUCAAACGAUUGGAAGGAAUCGCACGCAGUCCUGUAUUCUCACACCUGAAUGCUACACUCCAAGGCCUAACAACCAUACGGGCAAUGGAAGCACAGAAAGUAUUGAAAGCCGAAUUUGAUAGUCAUCAAGAUCUUCAUACUGGUUCCAUGUAUCUGUUCAUCUAUACAUCAGCAGGCUUUGCUUUCAUGCUGGACUUUAUCUCUCUUAUGUUCAUCAGUUGCAUCACAUACAGUUUCCUUCUCACGCACAAUAGAGAAGGAGGAGGUACAUUAGGAGUAGAAGCUGGCCUGGCAAUCACACAGGCCAUGUCUAUUGCGGGUCUCCUCCAAUGGGCGAUGAGAUCCUCAGCUGAGAUAGCCAAUCACAUGACAGCUACUGAACGUGUGCUGGAGUAUGCCAAUCUCGAACCUGAAGAGAAACUGGUUGAGAGCAAAAAAGAGAAAGAGGACCUCAAAGAUUGGCCGUCAGAAGGAAAAAUACAAUUCGAUCAUUUGUUCCUCCGUUACUCUCCGGAAGAAGAACCCGUGUUGAAGGACAUCUGCCUGCAGAUCAAUCCUAAUGAAAAGGUCGGCAUAGUUGGUAGAACCGGCGCGGGAAAAUCGUCGCUGAUCCAAGCGCUGUUCCGCAUGUCGGCGAUCGAAGGAUCGAUCUUGAUCGACGGUAUCGACUCGAAGCGGUUGACUCUCGAACUGCUGCGCUCUCGAAUCUCGAUCAUCCCGCAGGACCCGGUCCUGUUUUCGGGAACAAUGCGCCGCAACCUGGACCCCUUCGAGGAGUAUCAGGACCAUGCUCUGUGGAGUGCUCUCGAAGAGGUGGAGCUGAACGACAGCCUGCGCAAAGAGUACGGCCUUCAGUCAGCCGUGGCAGAUGGCGGCACCAACUUCAGCCUGGGCCAACGCCAGCUGGUGUGCUUGGCUAGGGCCAUCAUCCGCAACAACCGCAUCCUCGUCAUGGACGAGGCCACCGCCAACGUCGACCCGCAGACCGACGCCCUCAUACAGAACACCAUCCGCAGGAAGUUUGGCAACUGCACCGUCAUCACUAUCGCGCAUCGCCUCAACACUAUCAUGGACUCCGAUAAGGUAUUGGUGAUGGACGCGGGGCGAACGGUGGAGUUUGGACAUCCGCAUGAGUUGCUUCAGAAGCAGGACGGAUAUUUCUUCAAGUUGGUACAGGAAACAGGACCCAAAAUGGCGCGCAAUUUGAGUGAGAUUGCUAGGAAUGCGUACAGCACGAAUUUAUGAUUGCUGAAAUACGGCUAAGGCCCGGUUACUAGGAUACUUAUCAGGUCUAACGAACCGUUAAACCUAUAGAUUUAUUAAAUUUAAUAAGGCAAGGUUUCUUGGAUACUUAUUAAAUCUAAUGGACCAUUCAACUUGUUGAUUUUAAAUAAUGUUCAAAUAGAUUUUAAAAUAUGUCUCCAAAUCGAACGGACCUUUUAACCUAUAGAUUUAAUGUAGGUUUAUUCGACUCAAUAAGGCACGGUUUCUAGGAUACUUAUUACAUCCAAUGGUCUAUUAAACUAAUAUAUUUGAAAUAACGAUCCAUUAGAUUUAAUGAAUACGUGUUCUAUUGUCAGUUCCUCGAAAGGAGAGCUAACCACAGCAUAGAGUUUGCGUUUGUGUGUGUAUAGAAACGAUGACUCAUAUCAUAGCCACCUCUAAUACAAGGCCGCGGCCUACGAUAUUGCAACGUCGCAGUGUAGGCCUAUAGUGAGGUCCACGUUAUAAUGACAAUAUUUGAUCAACUUUGGUUUUGCUAUCCUUGUC